CUGCCCACUUCAACCAGUGGAUGCUCAACGCAACAAGUUAGCAAGCACAGACCCAGCCUCCUCGCUGUUUCUACCGUCGUGUUGACAGCUCGGCUGAAUGGUGUUUUUUUUCGCCUUCUUUUAACAUCGACCUUUUCGAACGAUGCAGAGCUUCUACCGAUUCUUUUAUCCCCAGUCGACAGAAGAAAUGACUGUCACCUGUGCUGUAAACCAACAAUAGCGGCAAAGGCCAAAGACGAUGACGGAGCACCAGGAGCAGGGUGAGGACGUCAGCCUGCUCGCUCCCCAGGACCUGGCAGAUCCUGCCAAGGAGGAUGACUCACACUGCCCCCCACAGUUUAGGAUCCAGCUCAUAGAUGACCUCUCAUACGAGGAUGUGAAGAAAUGCUACCGUGGAUCAACGGUCAGCAAGUACAACUCGCAGUACCACAAGCUGUUCCAGACCGUGCCCAAGGAGGAGAUCCUCAUGAAAGUCUAUUCCUGCGCGCUCCUCAGAGACAUCCUGCUCCAAGGCCGGCUCUACAUCUCCAGAAACUGGCUGUGCUUCUACGCCAACCUGUUCGGCAAGGACAUCAAGGUGGCUAUUCCCGUCGUCUCCGUGCGGCUGGUGAAGAAGCACAAAACAGCGGGCCUGGUGCCCAACGGCCUGGCGAUCACCACGGACACCAGUCAGAAGUACGUGUUUGUGUCCUUGCUGUCCCGAGACAGUGUGUAUGACGUCCUGAGGAGGAUUUGCACGCACCUCCAGGUCAAUGGGAAGAAGAGCCUCAGUCUGAAGGAGUUCAUGGAGGAGCCGGUCUCCUUAUCCCUGGACGAGUUCCCUGUCCCAGACGAGUUCCCGCCGGUCCUCAAAUGGAGGAGGAAGCCCUCUGUGGCGUCGGUGUCCUCCUCGCUCCCCGACCUCCUGGGGAACUCCAGCAGCAGCCUGAGCGCCGUGGACACGCCCUUCCAGGCAGACGAGCCGCUGGAAGUUUUGUGUUUUGUCCGUUCUGCAGAGAAUGUUCUGGAAACAGAGAACAUCCUCCUGACCGAGCCGGUCCCAGAACUGGGCCACGCUGAGUACCAGCUGCUCAAGUUCUUCAUCCUGCUCAUCAUCCUCCUGAUCCUGUCCUCCUGUUACCUGGCCUUCCGCGUCUGCAGCCUGGAGCAGCAGCUGUCCUUCCUGAACGCCAACCCCACGCUUCCUGUGAGAGAGAGGUAGCCCAGCCCCCACUCCACAUUCCAGCGCUAGGCAAACGCAUCAUCUUAUUUAUUGACAGUUUUACAUAGUGCAAGGUGAAUGCCCCUGCUGUGUUCAGGCAUUAAAGAUGGGACAGUAGACAAUGAAUGGAGAAAGACAAUGCAGCGCUGUUGCAGAGCAACAGCCAAGUUCACUCACGGAUGGGAGAGAGAAACGCCAACUGCUGUAGUCAUGUCAGCACCAGGCCAUGCCCACACAGUGCCAUGCCCGUGCCAGGCCACGCCCAGUCUACUGACGCACAGCACGCAGAGGAAGCAAAUGGAGAAAUUACCAGAAGGUGUGAUAAUCUGGGUGGCCCGAUUCUCCUCAUAACGCACAGAAAUGACUGUGGGCUGGCUGGUGCCUCUCCGAUCCAGAAGAGCCUCAGUAGUGCUCAACACAUUGCCUGGGGUGUCCAAACCUAGAACCUCCUUGUCCAAGAUUCCAAAACAUCAGAGGAGCAAGGACGUUGGCGAACGUGCCAGCAAGCCUUUCAUCACCACGCUUUCUGCAAAUGGACGCUUCCUGCCGCAGGCAGAGCCUGAGGACCCCUGUGCUGGUUGAGGGUGUAUUCAGUAGGUCCUGUGAGUGAGCUGUCACCCUCUGGCAGCUCUCACAGUUUCAAUUUUCCGAUUUUGGUCCUGUGCGUCGUCAGGAUGGACCGAUGUUCCAGAAUCUUCCGCUCUCCGCUCGCUGUGCAAACCCGGCACAGGACAGUUCUGGUUCCCUGAAGGGGGCCCGCUAGCCGGAAGGUUAGGUUUUUAAUUUGCACCCGGAGCAGCCUCGCCCCCUGCUGGACAGUCCAAUGAGAGAAGCCUCACACGGGGCCUGCUCCAGUGUGCACGCUUCAGGCUCGCGGGCUGACCAUGUCUCUCCAGCCCUUCUUCCUCGACCCUGUUGGUGUUAUGGUAGCAGUAUACUGUACGGUUACUGAAUGGGGUCACUUGCCAAGACGUGUCAACAUUUAAAACAUGCGCGCAUGCACACACACACGCGUGCAAGCACGCGCACACACACGCACGCACGCACGCAUACAUACACACAUGCACACACACACACACAUAUACAUACACACACUCGCACACACAAAAACAUUUCAGAACUAAUGCAUUAUUAGUUGAAUUUAAUUUUGUGUUUUACUAUAAAAUGUCCUUUCUAGGUAAUUUCCUACAGUUAUCUUGGUACUGUACCUUUCUCGGCGAAUGCACAGGUGCUCCGUGUCAUGGGGCCGUGUCUUGCUUUGUGCAAACAUACUGUCAGACAGCUGAAGACUUUAGAUAUAGCUCUAAUUACGACGAGUAACAUCAGAUUCAAAUUAUCCACGUAUUAAGUAGGGUAAAAGCACAUCGUAAAACUGACUGAACAAAGAAGUCAUGGUUAAUGACUUAGCAGAUGAAACCAUGGAAAUCUCACCGCUGUUGUUGAGUAAGACAGGCUACCUGGAGUGUUAGUGAGUUGACUGAGUAAUGGGCUCAUUUCUUUGGUGUUGGCUGCUAUGGUCCUCUUGGUGUGAAGGAAUAGCUGCAUAGUGGUCUUUAAACUUAUUACGGCAUUUCAGACAGGAAACAGGCAGGAUUACAUAGGAAUUGAUUCUUAAUACAUUUUGAAGAACCAAUGUCCACUUGAAGUAUUGAGUGUAAGUCUAGGUCUAUAGCAAGCUGAAAUGAGUAGAGUAUGCUUUGUAACCAUGUAUGUAUGUAUUUAUUUGUGUGAUUUUUGUAUUGAAAAUAGGAGAUGCACCAGCUGAAGUCUCAGCCGAUCACAUGACCCAGUCGACUCUUAUCGAUAGAUUUGUUCUCUGUCUACAGGAGCACAUGACUGUAAGCCAAUAGUGACUAAUAAAACUCCUCUACUGCUAAUUCUGUA